AUGGGUGUGAAGCGUCUGCAGGGGAUGGGAGAAGCUCCUGUGCUCCUGGACUGCUGGACAAGGGGCAGCUCCGCCCCAGCAGGAACAGCUUGUCUGACUUCCCAUCCGCCCCAGAAAACAAUGUCCCAUCCCAGCCAGCAGCAUCUCUGCACAUCUGCCACACGUUUGGUGACCGACCCCGUGAUGCCAUGCUUGUGCAGGCUGCUGAUCUACGUGCUGCUGGGGCUGGGGUCCCUGCUGGUGGGGGCACUGUCCCCAUCCUGCCCCCCUGCCUGCCAGUGCUAUGACACCUCCAAAGUCUUCUGCUCAAACGAAAGGAUACGGGAGAUCCCGGAGGGCCUGCCAGGAAGUGCCACCCACCUCUUUUUCGUGGAGACAGCCCUGAGCAGCAUCCGCAGCGGGGAUUUGGGCUCCAGCAGCACGCUCACCAAGCUGGUCUUCAUCAAUAACAACAUCCAGGAGCUGCAGGCUGGUGCCUUUCAAGGGCUGCCCAGCCUCACUGAGCUGGAGGUGUCAGGCAACCCCUUGCCAGCUGUCAGCCCUGGGCUGCUGGCAGGGCUGACCAGCCUCAGCAAGCUCUCCCUCAGUGCCAACACCAUCCGCACCCUGCAGCCGGGGCUCUUCACUGCCUCUUGCCGCCUGCAGGACCUGAGCUUGGCAGGGAAUAGGAUCGAGGCACUGCCCCCUGGCAUCUUCCGCCCACUCCGGCGGCUCCGGGCCCUGGACCUGUCACAGAAUGCUCUGUCCGAGCUGCCAGAUGGGCUGCUGGCCCCACUUGUCGCCCUUCGUGUCCUCAAGCUCAGUGACAACCUGCUGGCACAGGUGCCUCCUGGCGCUUUCAGGGCACUUGGCCAGCUGACCGAGCUCCACCUGGAUGGCAACCGGCUGGAGGAGCUGCCCUCGGGCAUCUUCUCCAGGCUGGGGGCACUGCGGCGGCUGCAGCUGCAGCACAAUGCCCUGGGCAGCCUGGCCCCUGACAUCUUCACGGGUCUCCUCAACCUCACUGUCCUCAGCCUGGAGGGCAACAACCUGGCCACCGUGCCUGCCAUGCUGUUCGCUGGCACCCCUGGCCUCCUCCACCUCUCGCUGGCUCGCAACCGGCUGGAGACACUGCCCCAGGAGCUCUUUGCGAACCUGUCAGUGCUGGAAACCCUGGAGCUCUCACACAAUGCCAUAGAUCACCUGCCCACCGGGGCUUUCCAGGGUCUGGAAGGGCUGACAGAGCUCCAGCUGAGCCACAACAACCUCUCCAGGCUGCCGGUGGGGCUGCUGGCCGGGCUGCCCCUCCUCACCGCCCUGGUGCUGGACCACAACCGCCUGGCCCGCCUGCCUGCGGGGCUCUUCGAUGCCAACGAUGAGCUGGUGCGUGUGGGGCUGGCUGGCAACCCCUGGCUCUGCGACUGCCACCUCUCCUACCUCCUGCACUGGCUCCAGAGCUUUGCUGAGCCCCUCAUCCACGGCCGAGCCUUCUGUGCCAAUCCCGCUGCUCUCCAGGGCCGCUCCCUGCUGGAGGUCUCCAGCGGGCAGCUGCAGUGCCCGGGAGCCCACGGUGUCCCCCCGGAGGAGGGCUGGGACACAGAUGCCCCGGGGCAGUGCACCUACAGCGACGCCGAGGGCACGGUAAGCGUGGCCUGCAAUGCCACAUCGUGCCAGCAGCUGAACCUGCGCCUCCCUCCUCCCGGGCCGGAGCGGGGCCUGGGGCCGGCCUACCGGCGGGCCUGGCUGCUGCGCUCCCGCUGCGGCACGCUGCAGGUCAGCGUCCUUGUCACAGCACACGGAGGGAACGAGGUCACACCACCAGCUCCCCCCGCCGUGCCCUAAGGCUUGGGCAAAUGUUUGCUUCUGCUCUGGCAACCUCUGGACCAACCUGGGAAGCAAACAGCUCUCCACAGUCUCGCUCUGCUACCGCUGCCAUGGUCCCCAGCUGUCCCCAAGCUCUCCACAACAGCUGGCCUGGGGAUAUUUAUCCUCUCAGCUAUGUGUUUCCUGUGUAUUUCAAAUAUAAUUAAAAUUUAUCUAUU